UCAGGCGCUGAGUCCGUCGAACAUAAAGCGACUCCGCCAGACUGCACGCUGAUGAAGAAAUUACUGAUUUGAAAAUGAAAGGUCUAUCUUUUUUUCCUCUCAUAGCGUUGCUAUGGCAAUGCAGCCGAGCGCAGCAAAGGGGUCUGUUUCCAGCUGUGCUGAAUCUGGCCUCCAUGGCAGAGAUAAGGACCAACGCCACCUGUGGAGAGUCAGGACCGGAGAUGUACUGCAAACUGGUGGAGCACGUCCCGGGACAGCAAGUCAGGAACACGCAGUGUCGCAUCUGCAAUAACAACAGCGAGAGGCCAUUUGAGCGCCACCCGAUUGAAUAUGCCAUAGAUGGAACUAACAGAUGGUGGCAGAGCCCCAGCAUUAAGAACGGCAUGGACUACCAUUACGUCACAAUCACACUGGACUUACAGCAGGUUUUCCAGAUAGCUUACAUAAUCCUGAAGGCUGCCAACUCCCCUAGACCAGGUAACUGGGUUCUGGAGCGUUCCCUGGAUGGUGUGACCUUUACCCCCUGGCAGUACUACGCCAUCACAGACACUGAGUGCCUCACCCGCUUCAACAUCCUGCCCCGCACUGGUCCCCCAUCUUACACCCGCGACGAUGAGGUCAUCUGCACCUCAUUCUACUCCAAAAUUCAACCCUUGGAGAAUGGAGAGAUCCACACAUCUCUGAUUAAUGGAAGGCCGAGCGCGGACGACCCAUCCCCGACCUUGCUGAACUUCACCUCGGCGCGUUACAUCCGCCUGCAGUUCCAGCGAAUCAGAACCCUCAACGCCGACCUCAUGACCCUGGCCUUCAAUGACCCCCGCGACGUCGACCCGAUCGUGACCAGGCGGUAUUUCUACUCGAUCAAAGACAUCUCAGUCGGAGGGAUGUGUAUCUGCUAUGGUCAUGCGAAAGCCUGUCCCCUGAACAUUCAGACCAAGAAAUUCAGCUGCGAGUGUGAACACAACACGUGCGGGGAGAGCUGCGACCACUGCUGCCCCGGCCACAACCAGAAACCCUGGAUGGCCGGGACCUUCUUGACUCGACACGUAUGCGAGAAGUGCAACUGUCAUGGGAAAUCUGAGGAGUGUUACUUCAACCAGACGGUGGCAGACAUCAAACAGAGCCUGAACACCAAAGGGGAGUACCUGGGGGGAGGGGUGUGUGUGGGGUGUGUCAGGAACACAGCCGGGGUGAACUGCCAGACCUGUACAGAGGGCUACUACAGACCCAGGGGGGUGAGUCCGACAGACUUCGACCCAUGUCGGCCCUGCUUCUGUGACAAGUCAGGCUCGCUCUCCCCAGCUUGUGUCCCGGACCAGUCGCAGGCUGAAGGAGACCUCACGGCAGGUUCGUGCCGCUGUAAGCAGGGCUACGGGGGGCUGCGCUGUGACAGGUGCGCCUUCGGCUACAGCGGCUUCCCUGACUGUGUCCGCUGUACCUGCAGUCUGGACGGAAGCCAAAACAAGGAUCCCUGUCAGUUGCCCUGCGUAUGCAAGGAAAACGUGGAGGGGGAAAACUGCGACCGCUGCAAGACAGGUUUUUACCAUCUCCUGGGCGAGCAUCUGCACGGCUGCGAGAAGUGCUACUGUUCCGGAGUGGCGAGCGACUGUUCCGACUCCCACAAGGCCUACAGUAAUGAGACAUCCAUGGCGGGCUGGUUCCUGACUGCAGAAGAUGGGGAGGGGAAGGUGUGGCCGGACACCAGCAGAGACAAGGACGGGCCCUGGACACUCAGUGUUAAUAACCAGGAGGCCCGAAGACACCUGCCUUCUGUUUACUACUGGAGGGCACCUGGAGAAUACUUGGGCAACAAGCUCACAUCCUUUGGUGGAAGUCUUGUCUACACCGUCUCAUAUGACGCCGGGGAGAAAGACGAGGAUAUUAGAGUCAACUCGGCUCCUAAUGUCAUCAUAGAGGGCAACGGGAUAAAAAUGAUUGACAGUCGAUUCGGCCUGCCGGUGUACCCUUUCUCUGAGAGCACAAAGAGGAUUGUGCUCUACCCUGACCACUUUGAGAAUCAGCGGACGGGCCUGCCUGUCAGCAAAAGGGACUUCAUGAUAGCUCUAACUAAUGUGAGCAGCCUACUCAUCAGAGCUUCACACAGCAAUGAGCAGGUCGCCAUCUACAGGCUCCAUUCUGUCAGUCUGGAAGUGGCCAGUGAGGUCUCCAGGGGUGAGAAUCUGGCCAGUGCGGUGGAGAUCUGUCGCUGUCCCCCAGGAUACAGUGGAACGUCUUGUGAGAUGUGUUCGGUUGGGCAUCGAAGGGUUAACGGGACCGCGUUCAAAGGAGUGUGUGAACCAUGUGACUGCCACGGCCACACCACACGCUGUGAUGACCACACUGGGCAAUGCAUGGGCUGUGCAGAACACACCACUGGAUUCCACUGUCAUGAAUGUAUUCCUGGUUUCUAUGGGGAUGCUACCAAGGGAACAGCCAAUGACUGCCAGCCCUGCGCGUGCCCCCUAAACAUCCCAUCCAACAACUUCAGCCCUACGUGCCAUGAGGACCUGUCAGGGGAGCUGUUGUGUGACCAGUGCCCGCCAGGAUACACAGGACCACGGUGUGACAGGUGCACCAACGGCUAUUUCGGUCAACCUGGGAUAAGGGGGGGCUCAUGCCAGCCCUGCCGCUGUAAUGCUAACCUGGACCUGGCCUUACCGCAGAGCUGUGACCCCAUCACCGGCUCCUGCCUGAGGUGUAAGGACGGCUACGCCGGGUCCACCUGUGACAUCUGCGCCGAGGGGUUCUUCGGGGACGCCAUCGAGGCAAAAAACUGCCAGCCGUGCCAGUGUCACCAGAAUGGCUCCGUGUCGGAGGUGUGCCACCGGGAGAACGGGCAGUGCCAGUGCAAGCUGCACGUGGUUGGACGCCAGUGCGAUGAAUGCAUGCCUCAGACGUACGGCAUCCAGUCCGCCGGAGGCUGUGUCCCCUGCAACUGUAACUCCUUCGGGUCCAAGUCCUUCGACUGCGACGCCUCGGGCCAGUGCCGUUGCCAGCCCGGUGUCUCCGGGCCCAAGUGUGACCGAUGCGCUCCAGGACACUUCAACUUCCAGGAGGGCGGCUGCACACCAUGCCAGUGCGCCCAUGUGGGAGAUAAUUGCGACGUCAACACGGGACAGUGUGUGUGUCCUCCCAACACCGUCGGGGAGAGAUGUGACAAAUGCGCCCCUAAUCACUGGGGUCAUGACAUCACGACCGGCUGCAAGGCGUGUGGCUGCAACCCACUAGGCUCGGUCACCCAGCAGUGUAACCCCAACACGGGCUGCUGCAUGUGCCGGGAGAAGUUUCACGGAGAGAAGUGCAGCGAGUGUAAGCUGGGCUACCGGGACUUCCCACAGUGCAUUUCCUGCGACUGCAACGUGGCCGGUUCAGACAGCCAGACCUGCGACGCGGAGCGGGAUGUGUGCGCAUGUGCAGACAGGACAGGAAAAUGUAGCUGCAAGGAGAACACCCAGGGUCUGCACUGUGACCAGUGUAAGGCGGGGACGUUUGGCCUGAGCACCCGGAACCCACAGGGGUGCAGUCGGUGUUACUGCUUCGGCAUGUCCAGCACCUGCUCCGAGGCCCCGGGGCUCAUCCGCAUGUGGCUUUCUCUGAAACCAGAGCAGACCAAGCUACCUCUAGUGGACCAAGACAACCAGAGGGAGACCACUCGUGGAGUCACCUUCCAGCACCCAGAGAUUGUUGUCAAAGCUGAGCUGGUCAACCAGAUGCUUACUGAGCCGUACUACUGGAGACUUCCUGAGCAGUUCACGGGGUCCAUGAUCACAGCCUAUGGCGGCAAGCUCAAGUACGCCAUCUACUUUGAGGGACGUGACGAGACGGGCAGCACGUCUUAUGAGCCUCAGGUCAUCAUCAAAGGAGGGCCCAACAGGGACAAGGUGAUGGUCCGCCACACACAGGGACUGCAGAUCGGACAGCUCACCCGCCAUGAGAUCGACAUGACAGAGCACGAGUGGAAGUAUGAAGACAGGAGGGCCAUGACGCGUGAGGACUUCAUGGACGUGCUGUUUUACGUUGACUACGUCCUCAUCAAGGCUUCCCACGGGAACAUGAUGAGACACAGCAGGAUCUCUGAGGUUUCUUUGGAGGUGGCGGAAGAGGGAAGGCCGACCGUGGAGACAGAGCGGGCCCAUCAGAUAGAGAAGUGUAACUGCCCCCUUGGCUACUCCGGCCUUUCCUGUGAGGAAUGUGGCGCCGGGUUUUACCGCCUGUCCGCCCGCGGCGGUGGUGCCGCCUCUCGAGCGGGCAUCGGGAGCUGUGUGCAGUGCCAGUGCAACGGGCACAGCGGGGCCUGUGACCCGGACACAUCCAUCUGCCAGAACUGCCAGCACAACACGGAGGGAGACAGGUGUGAACGCUGCGCCCCGGGUUACUAUGGCGUAGUCAGGGGCCGACCCGACGACUGCAAGCGCUGCGCCUGCCCCCUCGUCAGCCCGGAGAACAAUUUCAGCCCUUCCUGUGUAACGGUUGGAUUCCACGACUACCGCUGUACCGCCUGCCCCGACGGCUACGAGGGACAGCACUGCGAGAGAUGCGCCACGGGUUACCACGGCGACCCCCGCGCCCCCGGCGGCAAGUGUGAGGAGUGUAAGUGUGACCUGUACGGCGCGUGGCCCCAACCGUGUGAUCCCGGCUCGGGCCAGUGCCGCUGUCGCCCCGGGGCCUCUGGUCGCACCUGCAGUCAGUGCAUGGAGAGGCAUGUGUGUGGGCCCUCUGGAAUCGUGUCCUGUGAUGACGACUGUUCUGGGCUCCUCAUCAGCGAUAUGGACAGAUUGCAUCGUAUCAUCACCAGUGUGAACCUAACCACCCCUCUGCCACCACCAUACAAAGUACUCUACCGCUUUGAGAACAUGACUGAGGAACUCAAGCACAUGCUUUCACCACAGAACUCGCCGGAGAGACGCCUGCAGCUGGCCGACGGUAACCUGGGAAGCCUCGUGACGGAGAUGGAUGACCUGCUGAGUCGGGCAACCAAAGUGUCGGCAGACGGCGAGCAAACAGGCGACGAUGCUCAGAGGAUCCACAGCCGAGCUGAAGACCUGGAAUUAUUCGUGAAGAACACCCUUCUGGCUGCAGAAGCUCUGAAGGUCAAAGCUAAAGAGCUGAAUGAGACUCUGGGCAGCAGGAACGGCGCUCCAGAGAAGAGCCUGAACCAGAUGCAGAAAGAGAUUGAAAGCAUGCUUGCCGAGCUCCGCAAACGUCAGCUGGGAGGCAAGAAGCACAUCUCUGAGGAGGAACUGGGACUGGCAGAGGCCUUAUACCAGAAGGUGAAGCGUAUCUUUGGGGACCCCCACCAGGCUACAGAGGACCUAAAGGCCGAGGUGACAGAGAAGAUGGACGAUCACAGGGCCAAGCUGGACGACGCCCAGGCUCUGCUGAAGGACGCCCAGGGAAAGAUCAGAGAGGCCGGGGUCCUGUCCGGACAGAACCAGCGUAACAUCACAGCCCUGGAGAGAAAGAAGGAUGCUGUGGGCUCAGUGAAAAAAGGAACAGAAGAUGUGCUGAUAGAAGGAGAGCGCAUUCUUGCUGAAGCCAACGGGCUCUCAGACAACAUCAAUAAGGAGAUAGAGGAUCUGGAUGAUAUGGAGCGGGAGCUGGGUCCUCUCCAUGAGCAGCUGGACUACAGGGUGAGCCGUCUAACCCAGGGCCUGAGUGGAGACACCCUGACUGGCCUGCUGCAGCAUGCUGAGCGCCACGCUGCCCAGCUCAAAGAGUCCUCUGGAAUCCUGGACAGCAUCCUUGCUGAGGCCAAGAACCUGUCCUUCAACGCCACGGCGGCAUUCAACGCAUACAGCAACAUCAAGGACUUCAUCGAGCAGGCUGACAAAGAGGCGAAGCAGGCCAAGGCACGCGGGACAGAAGCCCUUCAGCUGGCCUCGGGACCCAAAGGUUCUUUGAAGGAUAAUGCCAAGAAUUCUGUUCAGAAGAGCGUUCAAUUGUGGAACGAAGCCAAGCAGUUACAGAACGAUGUGAAAGAGAACAGCGCGAGUGUGGGCAGUCUGCAGGCCAGGGUGAACGCUGGUGGCUCGAAGAACAAAGGUUUGCUGAAGGAUCUGGACGAUGUGUUGGGGAAGCUAAACGCCAUCCCCGACGACACCGCAGCUAAGCUCCAGGCCACGAAAGCCAAGGCGGUAGACGCCAAUAACACAGCCAACGAUGUCCUGGCCCGACUGAGAGACAUGAACGUCAACUUGAUGGGCCUGCAGAGGAACUACAGCAAGCUGGAGGAUGACGUCAGCAAGGCCAACAACAUGAUCCAGGACCCUGAGAAAAACACAAUAAUCCAUGCAGCAGGGGCCAAGGUGAAGGACCUGGAAGACGAGGCGGACAGGCUGCUGGAGAAACUGAAGCCAAUCAAGGAGCUGCAGGACAACCUCAAGAAAAACAUCUCUCAGAUUAAAGAGCUGAUCAACCAGGCGCGCAAGCAGGCCAACUCGAUUAAAGUCUCUGUGUCAUCCGGUGGAGACUGUAUCCGUGCGUAUCGGCCGGACAUCAAAAAGGGAAGCUACAACACCAUAGUCCUGAAUGUGAAGACCACAUCCCCCGACAACCUGCUCUUCUACCUGGGCAGCGCCCAAUACAUUGACUUCCUGGCCCUUGAGAUGCGUAAGGGCAAGGUCAGCUUCCUGUGGGACGUGGGUUCUGGUGUGGGAAAGGUGGAGCACGCGGACGUGACGAUGCACGACGGCAACUGGCACCGGAUCGAGGCCUCGCGGAAUGGCAUCAAUGGCACCAUCUCUGUCUAUGCGAUGGAGGGUCCAAGAGCUGGCAUCAUGCCUACCUCUAAGAGUGGCACGUCUCCUGCCGGCUAUACUAUCCUGGACGUCGACCAGAAUGCCUACCUGUUUGUCGGCGGCAUAUUGGGCAGUGUGAAGAAAGCGGACGCGGUCAAAACCUCCACUUUCUCCGGGUGCAUGGGAGAGGCCUACCUGGACAACAAGCCCAUCGGCCUGUGGAACUACAGGGAGAGAGAGGGAGACUGCAAAGGAUGUGUCGUUAGCCCUCAGCCUUCUGACACGGAGGGGACGGUUCAGUUUGAUGGGGAGGGCUACGCUGCUGUCAGCCGGCCUACCCGAUGGAACCCCAACGUCUCCACCAUUAUGUUCAAGUUCCGCUCCUUCUCCACCGACUCCCUGCUCAUGUACUUCGCCACUAAGGAUAUGAAGGACUUUAUGAGUGCCGAGUUGAGUGAUGGUCGUGUGAAGGUGAGUUUUGACCUGGGCUCAGGCACCGGCUCGGACAUCAGCACCAAGAGACACAACGACGGCCGGUGGAAAUCUUUCACAUUGACCCGCGUGAAGAAAGAAGCUACGGUGACCAUUGUGGACGUAGACUCCAGCCAAGAGGAGAAGUUUGUGGUGACAUCACAAGGCUCCGCUACCGGGCUAAACCUUAAAGAAGAUGACAAGAUGUACUUUGGUGGUUUGCCGACCAUUGGAAAUUACAGUAUGAAAGCAAGGUCGGAGGUUUUCAAGAAGAGGUAUGCUGGCUGCAUGAGAGAUAUUGAGGUUUCCAGAACGCCCUACAACUUGCUGAGCAGCUUUGACUACACAGGACUGACCAAGGGCUGCUCUGUGGAGAACCUCCACACAGUGAGUUUCUCCAAACCGGGUCACAUGGAGCUGAGGUCCAUGUCCUUUGAUGUGGCCACGGAAAUCAGCUUGUCCUUCGCAACCAAGAGCGACAAGGGCAUCAUCUUGUUCGGUAGCGGGGCCGCCAGUGGGGCCGGCUCCCUGUUCCAGCUCCCCAAGAGGAAACGCAGGCAGUCUGGGGAGCCCUUCCUGGCUGUGUUGCUGAACAAGGGGACCCUGGAGGUUCUGGUGUUCACAGGCAGCCACAGCCCACGCAGGGUGGUCCGCAAGCCCGACCAGGGCGUCCUGCACGACGGGCGAGAACACACGCUCCGCAUCGAGAGGCUCAGCGGCAGGUCAUUCGCAGUCCAGGUGGAUGAGGAGUUGAAGAGGGAGCAGGCGCUCCCUAACGACCAGCCCAUGGGAGUCAACCGGCUGUUCAUCGGGGGCAUACCCCCUGACGUAGAGCUCAGCUCCCAGAGACCCAAUGUCCCAUUCCAAGGAUGCAUCUGGAACCUCAUGAUCAAUUCUGUCCUUACAGAUUUCUCCCAGCCUGUGGCCUUCGAGAACGCAGAGAUCGGCCAGUGUCCUAACCUGGCCCCUCCCGUUCCACCCCUGCCCCCACCAGAAGCGUCAGUCCGACCAGAGGUUCUGACUGUACCGUCACCCACACAGACGCCCAGACGGACACCUGCACCUUCCACUCUUUCAUGUGCUGCUGAGGCAUCUCCUGUGGUCUUAGAGAAAGCAAAGCAGUUUGGGCUCUCUAAAAACAGCCAUGUUGCAUUUGAGUUUGAUGACACUAAGGUGAAAAACAGGCUGAUCAUGGAAUUUGAGCUGAGGACCACGGCAGAGUCGGGCCUGGUGUUCUACAUGGCCCGGAUUAACCACGCUGACUUCGCCACCGUCCAGGUGAAGGAGGGUAUGGCCCACCUCGGCUACGACCUGGGCCACGGUAACACCUCCGUCAGCGUGCCGCGCAUCAUCAACGACGGCCACUGGCACAAGAUCCGGGUGAUGAGGGAGAAUCAGAGAGGUGUUUUAGUGAUAGACAACCGUUACUCCAAACACACCAUUAGCCCCAAGAAGGCUGAUAUCUUGGAUGUGGUUGGAAUGCUGUACAUUGGUGGUCUGCCUGUGAACUACACCACUAAGAGGAUUGGACCAGUCUUGUACAGUAUUGAUGGCUGCAUCAGAAACUUUAAGAUGUUGGGUAGUGUGUUGGACAUGGACAAGCCCACCUCCAGCCACCACGUGGGCAGCUGUUUCGUCAGCACUGAGAAAGGAACAUACUUCGAUGGCACAGGAUACAUCAAAGCAGUGGGGUCCUACAGGGUGGGUCUGGACGUGGGUCUGGAGCUGGAGUUCAGGACGGCUCAGAGCAAUGGGGUCCUGCUAGGAGUCAGCAGUCAGGUGGACAACAAGAUGAAGGGUCUGGGCAUUGAACUGCACAACGGCAAGCUGCUGUUCCACGUGGACAAUGGGGCGGGGCGGAUCACGGCUCAGUACGAGCCUGAAGCAGAGGCAGGCCUCUGUGACGGUCGGUGGCACUCAGUCACGGCCCACAAGCUACGCCACAGGCUGGAGCUCGUAGUGGACGGCAGGAAGGUGGAAGCAGAGAGCCCCAACGCCAGGUUCAACACCGUUGACACCAGUGACCCCAUUUACGUUGGGGGAUACCCAGAGGGGCUCAAGCAGUUUGGCCUGAUUACCAGCACUUCAUUUAAAGGCUGCAUGAGAGACCUGAAGAUAACCAAGGCAGCUAAAGUGUUUGAGGUUCAAUUCAACAAGGGUCUGGAGUUCAAGGGGGUUCAACCCCUCACCUGCCCGGCCACCACUGCCUAAACACAGUCUACCAAAGCCUGUCGCUGUCAGUCCAAACAGGAGCAACAAAACACUACUUACCAGACUGUAAUCCACCCUAAUGCUGGAUCAGAGGGGUAUAGCUUCAUACCCAGGGUUCAGACUGCUUUUUAGUGUCAGAUACCCUCCAAGUGAAUGGAACUUGUUGUAAGACGGCAUCAAACAAUGGGUCCUUUAGAGUACUACACAUCCCCCUUCUCUGUCCUACAAUCUGUGUGCCCUAUGGUGUCUGUCUGCCCUAUGGUGUCUGUCUGCCCUAUGGUGUCUGUCUGGUCACAUAUGAUGUAUCAUACUGUUUGCAUGGUGUGUUUGGAAUUUGUACUGUGUAACAACCUGCAGCAUUUAAAAUACACGCUUUGAAGGCAAGCAAAUAAUGUUCUUGUCUUUAUUAUAAUGUAAACUGGGACUUUUAUCCUACAGUCAAACCACCACUUAAUUUCACAUAGAUGAAUUUGGCAACAUUUACUUUUACAAGGAACUGGCGUAGUCUGCUGCCUUGCCUGAACUUCUGAAACAGAGAAACAUGUACUGUCAUCACACACAUGAUAUCUACAGUGUGGACCUGAAAUGGGAAGAUUUGUGAAAAUAAACUGCUAAGC